AGUUUAUGUCGGGAUGCGAUAGUCGUUAGACGUACGCUGGCUUAACAAAACCGAGCAAAGGAAACGGAUAUUGUGGAUAACAGUUAAUUUGAAAAACAAAAAUACAAUAAUGUGUGGUUGAGAGUUUGUUGGUGUAUGCAGAAUAAUUGAAAAUAUUUGAGAUCGGUAGAUAAAAACAAUUUUUGUGUUUGCUUAAUUAAAGUAAAUAUAAAGAAAUUAAAGAAAAAUUAAUUAAUUUAAUAAAAAAAAAAUUUUUUUAUAAAAAAAUAUUUUGAAGAAAUAAAAAAAAGAAUUGAAAAAUAAAAAAAUUAUUAAGAAAAGUUAAAUAAGCAAAAAAUUAACAAAACAUUUAGUGAAAACAUGAAAAUUAGCAUGAAGUUGUUAUAGUAAUGAUCAUAAAAAUUUGUUUUAAAGUGUUUGUCAAUACAACUUUUCAAUUUAAAUUGACAUAAUUAUAUAUAAAACACUACUGCAAGUGUAAUUUAAAUCACAGUGUUAUAUAUACAUAUAUAAAUGGAAAAAUAUAUCAAUUUAAAAGUUUUGCUCUAAGCGCACCCACAUAUAACGUCGCUUUACCGUGUGUUUAAAAAAUUCCGUUCUACAUUCAGCUGUCGCCCACAAAUCGUCUGUAUAUACACGCCUACUUAAUUGUAUUUACCAAAAAAACCAAAAAAAAAUAUUUAAAAAAUCGUGUGAUUCAAACAUUUGAAAUUGCCGGCCCCUUACAUGUGACCUGACAAUUGCUCUACUCGGCAUAGCCUACAUUUAGGAGCCAAAAGUCAAAUUGAAACUAGUGAGUACAUAAACACUGCGGCGCUGUAAGGCAGACAAGUUGUGACAGUCGGAACUAGUGCACCUGUUUCGCAUAUUAAAUGUCAGUGUUGAACCGUUGCGUUGGGUUUGCUGCAAGCCUCGCAUGAUUUUUAACACAAUUAGUAUUGCAGUUAUCGGCCUGAAAGUGGGCCGCUAGGAAUACGAGCUGCAUGCCUACAGCUAGUGCUGCAGGCUAACCUCGAUUAUUUGUUGCAACAACGGUGCGCCUAGGGAGAGCACGUGACCGUAGUAAACUGAGCUGUGCAGCUACAUAUACUUGUAUGUGCUCUAACUAUAGUUACAUUGUUGGUGGUAGUGAAGAAUUACAUACAUAGAUGUUUCGAUGUCUCGUUAAAUUCCACUAAAACUCUUCUGUGUACUUAGGCAGUCAUCGGCAACCUACAGCCGUUGCUACAACUGAACAUUAAAUCACUUAAGAAACAACAAAAAUAGCAAUAGAAAUCCAUAAAAUGCGUUCCUCUCCCUACGCCUAUCACAUCGCCAACGAUCUGAGCGAAGAGGAGGCAGAUGGCGAUGCACUGGACUAUCAUAUGGCAGCGGCCAUUAGCUCGAACCAUCGGCAUCAACAGCAACAACAAAUAGAAUUGAAAUUGAAAGACAUACCAGAGAAGUAUUUGAUGGUGAUUGCUCACUUCCUGUCGGGCGAUUUCAAUGACACCGAAACGAUGGACCGCCUCAACGGGCCCAUACUGAAAGCGAGCAUUAAGUCCGUCUAUUGGCUGUUCCUCAUCCAGUAUGCGUUGCUGGCGUUGGCCGGUAUUGCCAUGAAUGUCAGCAUUAUCGCGUAUGCGAUGUACCAUCGCCUCUACAAGGAUGUGACGCACGCAUUCAUCGUUAAUUUGGCGUUGUGCCAUUUGGUGCAGUGUGCGCUGGUGUUGCCCAUCACAUUGAUGGUGAUGCUCAUACAGAAUUGGAUAUUCGGACAAUUUUUGUGCUUCUUUCUGCCAAUGCUGCAGGACAUUCCACUGCAUGUUGCCAUAAUAUCGCAUAUUCUCAUCGCCUGGGAUCGCAUGCGUUGGCUGAGCGAUCCACUGCAGGGCCGCCUGCCGGCCUUUGUGUGCUGCUGCGCGACUUGGCUUACCGGCAUGGUGAUUGCGUUGCCAUAUCCCAUCUACACGAUUUAUGUUGAAUUGGGGGAUUAUGUGCCAGAGCUGAAUGGCAUCGGCCUAUGUGUGGUCAACUUAAUGGAUGAUAUGCACGAAUAUAUGCGUGGGCUCUUUCUACUAAUGUACUGUGCACCCUCCGUUCUGCUGGCUUAUCUUUACAUAAGAACUUCCCAGGAACUGCGACCACCUGACGGUCCGUUUGCCGUUAUGAUGUUCGAGCAUCGCGCGGAUAUGCGAAAUCGCCAACGCAACUCAUCAGCCUCUUCGGUGGGUGGCAGCGUGGGCGCCACAAUCACUUCCACCUCUGGUAUCGGCUCAGCGCUCACCACACACACAAAUGGCGGUGUCAGUGCCGGAGGUGGCGGUGGUUUGGGUCACAACACCUCAUCCGUGCAUUCGACAACUGGGUCCGCGACAACGAAGACCCGCUCAUAUGACUUGUACAGCGCCGAGUUGGAUGUUUAUCGAGAGAAACGGAAGCAACGCAACUUCGGCAGCAUGGCCGCCACUCAGAUACUUUGCCUGUGUCCGCUAAUGAUUCUACGCUUCGCACGUCUGUCCAUGGAGGAGACCUAUGAGAAUCAGAAGCAUUUCGACUUCACCUAUUUGAUGUUUGUGUGGAUUGCUUUUCUGCCCACCGUCAUUUUUCCCUGCAUUUAUGCUUCGCAGAUACUACCCAGAGAUGAGCAGGAACGCAUACGUGGCUAUUUUCGUCUUUCGACGAAACGUUUCCAUAAAUCGCGCAGUUGCGGCGGCAGCGGCAGUGGCAACACGCCCAGCUCACGAGAGGAUUCCAUUGAAAAGGACGACAACACAAACGCUACGCAAGCUACAUCGAUACUCGUGAAUGGCGAAGAAUUCUUGAAUGGGGGUAGCAACAUUACCGGUACCGCGCUGGUGACACGUCACGAGCUCAAUCGGGCUGCCAAGUUUCAACAACAGCAGCAACAGCAUCACAACAAUUGUCGACAGACUGGCAAGGACAGCGCCAACGGUGGUGCGGCGAUUGGUCAGCAUGCUUACGGCAAGUCGACUCCGCUGGCAAAGGAUGUGCGUGUGAAGAAGAAUGAUGUGAAGAUUAAGAUAAUAUCGGAUGGUGGCAAAGGAAAUAAGACAACGUUGGCAGGCAUUGGCGGUGCUGGGCAAUUACAGGCACAACAUGCAGUGAAGAGCGGCAGCGUGAGUAGCGGCAGUCGACGCGAGAGUGUUGCCGGUGGCGGCGGUGGCGGUGGUAGUGUUGCUGAGCGUAAAUUGACGCUUGGCUCAUUGGAUAACUCCUGCUCGAAUAUGACCUCUUCGACCUACUGCAAUGGCGCUAGUAGUCUGCUGGAGGAUGAUGGUGGUGCAAGCAAUUUUGGCGACGGUGAAGACUCCUCAAUAAUGAGUGGCAUGAUUGUGCCAAGCGGCGGACAAAAUGGCGUCAGCUAUAUGCAACAUAAAAAGUGGAGCCUCAGCGGUCAACCGUUAUUACGCAACAAGGAUUUAUCAUUUAGCGAUUGCAGCAGUUUCUCACAUAUGGACACAGCCAGUACGUUGGAACGCGACAUGGAGAUAAUCGAUAUGUUGGAACGUGAACGUAGCAUGGACAUACAAGAAAUGAUUGAGCGUGAAAAGCACGGUGAGACGGUACGCAUGACGGUGGGUGAACGACGCAAGCUGCCCGAUAUCGAAAAGAUUUAUCAGCGCUCGCCAAAAUCAAAACUCGAUCCGUAUAGUUAUGAUGUGUCCUCACAGGUGACGCCGACACCGUCUACAGCAACGGUUAAGGACAGCAUACCGAACUCUUUACUCUGCAGUGAUCCGUUGCAGUCCAGCGGUGGUAUUAGUAGUGGCGGCAGCACGAAUGAUGGCGGUUAUAGCGUUGCGUCAACGUUCAAUGGUGAUGACGGUAUGGCAGUGCAUCGGCUGUCACGUGACGAUGAAGGUGAGAGUGGCAUAGAUGUCGACGAAGAAGUGCCGUCCGAUUUCUUCGACAAAUAUACGCCGGGCGCUGCCAAUUCGGUGCCAUAUGCAAGUAGCGGCGGCGGCCCGGCAGCCAACACACCCACUUCCGCCUACCAGUAUCAGUACUCGCGUCGUCUAAGCCGCAAAUCGUCGCAUCACAGUCAAGGCUCAAAUUCACAUCGCACUUCGAAGCGUGACAGCUUCAACUCCUUAAAUGGCAGCGAUCUCAUUGCGGGCGCAUUUGGUGAGCUUGAUCCAACGCAGCCGCUGUCUAAGAUGUCAGUGGUGGAGGGACGUAUGCGCCGUAGUAGUGGACGUACGUCCAGUUUCUCUUCCUCGGCGCGCAGUUCCAUGAAGUCUCGCGACUACAGUCAUGGUUCAUCGCAUUCGGCGCAUCCAGAGCUGGACUUCAGGGAGAAUAUAUUCGCCGAACUGUGAAGAGGUGAGUGCGGUAAGACUUGAGUUUAGGUGCCACGAUCUAAAUUGUGCAUGCUUUAUUGAACGAGGUGCCUAAUUGGGUUAAUUUAAGCAACGAAGAUAUGUUUGAAGUAGAAGGCUAGCUUUUAAUACGAAUAAAUACAGAAACCCUUAAAUAGUAGGUAUUGGUGUGGAAGUCCUGACAGAGCAGUUUUAUAACAGUAGUUAAGAGUAAGUUUUUAUUAAUGUAGACAGAUCCUAGUAUGUGGUAAGUAAUGUUAAGUAUACAUUUGAAAUGUGAUGAAUAUAUAGAAUGGGCUUAAGCAUUCUAAAACGAAGUACGACAUGGAGUUUUCUUAAGGGCGAGGAUUCACUAUGCACAAUACUGUAGGAAUUUCGUUACAAAUAUGUUAGUUCGAUUGUUAUAUGUGAAAUUGAACACUCUUUUGACAAGAAGGAUUGAUAUCUGGAGUAAACGACGGAGCUUACCUAACCAAGACUCUCAGAUAUGCUUGAGAAUGAAUUGCUUCAACCGCGAUCGCCUUAAACUUUCAUAUUCGAAAACAUUUGAACGAUUGGUUGAGAUUAAUUUCUGGUCAAGAAAACAGUUCCGAAAAAAAUAACUGGAAUUGUUUUAAGUCUCGUUUCAAGGAUUCUGACAUUGAUAUUUUCAUGAGUAAUCAGAAUAUCCGUAAGCUAGAAAGUUUGGCUCUUAAGAAAUCUAUGGUUUAAUAGAGAGUCUAAACUACAGCUCAUGUAGGCAUACUACUUAAACAGAAAAAGGACAAAAUGUAAGCACUACUUUUCAAAAUAAAAGAAAGAAUAGCGAAAGGAAAAUAAUAAGGGAAAGAAGAACGCUGUUGAGUUUGUUGAGAUUUUUGCCAGAUGAAGGUUUUCAGGAAACUUCGGUUCAAUGAAGUACGUGUUUUAAACUAUCUCCGUUAAGUUGAUGAACUCAAACAAGAAAAUUUGUUAAGAAAAAUUGCUUAAGCAUUCUAAUAUUUUUUAAGAAAUAUAAUAAUAAGGCAUAGUUUAUAUGGACUAGUGGUCACAUAAAGUGAUGAAUAUAAUGGUAAAACUCUCAGUAAGGCGAGAGAGAGAAGAGUUAAAAAUACAUAAAUGGUUUUUAAAAAAGCGUGUAAAACUCGAAAGUGAUGUCUUAUAAGAUGAAAUCCUUUGAAGAAAAGUGUGGGUUCCUGGAAGGAGCCAUAGUUUGAGUAAACUAGAGCUAUCGGAAUAAACCUGAUAUGUAUGCGUAUUUCAAAGAGAAUAAGGCAUGCAAGGUUACAUAACUUUGUAUUUUAUAUAAGCAUUUGUUAGUAUGAUAGCUAAUUAUGUUAAAAAUAAUAAAUAUUUUUAUAAUACUUUUGUAUAAGGUUGCUUGAGGUUGGAGACUCCUUCGUUGGUAAAGAAACUGAGUCAGAAUCUUAUCUUGCAAUUGAAAGUUAUUUCUUAAAAGCAGCCUUUGAUUCGCCUAAGCCUAAAACCCGAAAUAGCCUAUCGAAGAAAAAACUGUUAUAAAUCUCAUAAAUUGACAUAAUCAAACAAUUAGAUAUUGUUAAAUAUAAAGUACAAGCUCUCUUGUAUUGAAUUUAACUUCUCACUUUUUUGAGAUGAGAGAGUAGAGUUCGACUAAGCGAGCGGAGAAGUGGCGAAUCGAAGGCGGCUAGUGUCAUAACGUUUGAAAACACUUUUGAAAAUAAAUAUACUGAGUUGAAUUGUUUUUAAUUAUAUAUUAACAACAAAAAUUCACCACUCUUGUGCGUGUGUCAAUAUUAUUGAAGUGAAAUUUUUUUAAUUGUUUUUUUACGUCAAUAGCUUGGAGGAGGCAUUUUUAAUGCUGGUUUUUUUUUACUUAAAUUUUAAAUGUAUAACAAACAUACCAAAACAUGAAAUGUGAAAUCAAAUUAAAUUUACUAAUUAACUUAAUUAAGCUGUUAAUUAAUAAUAAAUACAAAUAAUUGUUGCGUUUUUUGUCAUUGUUAAUGUGAAAGCACAAAAUAAAUAAAAACAACAAAUAAUAUUUAUAUAUGUACAACUACAGUGUUUAGCGUUAAACAAAAAAUUUAUAAAAAAAAAACUAAUCAAUAUUAUUGAAAUAUUGUUUAACAAGCGUAUUUAUUGUAUUUAUAAAUGAAAAUUUUGUAUGUUGAAAAGUACUUAAAACUGUAAUUUUAAAAAAGUUAAAUAAAUUUUUUAACCUGGAUUAGCAUUUAAAAAGAGCGCAUGCAUAAGCAUACUAUAAUAGAUAUGCAAGUGUGUGUGUGCUGGAAGUGGGCGGGGCGUUUUGUAAGAGCAGCAGCAAGCAUGUGCCAAGCUUUUAGCAGCUAAAAUUUUCGAUAAAAAAUUAAAAAAAAAUAUAUAAAGAAAACUAAAGAUUUCUAAAGCGCUGCAUAUAUAAUUAUCAACACUGUAAAAUAGUCCAUGUUGAUUUGUGUGAAACUACCUAUACGAAAUACAAAUAAAACUAUUAUAACAUAUAUACUUAUAAUAAAACUAAAAUGAAUACCACUAGUUAUGAACAUAUUUUAGUUUUUUUGUAAAUUGUAUUGUAAAAAUAUUGUUGUGACUUAAUAUUUCACAAAUAUUUCUGACUGCAUGUUAAAUUUAUAUACAGUUACACUAACAAUUACAUAUACCACAAUUUAUACAUAAAUACAAAAAAUAGCAUAAGCAGAAAAACUACAUAAACUUACACGUUUGCUUCAAGCAUGUUUUAAUAAAACUAAAUAACAGUAAUUUAUACGUAUAAAAAAUAAUUUUUUAAAAAACCUA